AUGGGCCGACGUCCCUGCUGUGAUAAAAUGCAAGUAAGGAAAGGUUACUGGACUCCUCAAGAGGAUACAAUACUUGUUGAUUUUAUUCACAAAAAUGGCCACGACAAUUGGCGUACGCUCCCUAAGAAAGCAGGACUUUUGAGAUGCGGCAAAAGCUGUCGUCUGCGGUGGAGUAAUUACCUUAACCCAGACAUCAAACGUGGAAAUUUCACUUGUGAAGAAAAGGAGGCCAUUAUUAAACUUCACCAAGUUUUUGGCAACAGGUGGUCUGCAAUUGCCUCACGGUUGCCUGGAAGAACAGACAACGAGAUAAAGAACGUGUGGAACACUUAUUUCAACAAGGGUCGUCUCCGAAUAGAAAUCGAAUCUGUUGCGCCACACAAUUUGGGUACAACAAUUCCAUGUCAAAAUAAGGCUUUGAUUAAUUCUCCAACCACACUCUGUAACUUGCCCUAUACACACAAUCUGUCAAGUGACAGUGAGAGUAUCGCUGAGGAUUCUGCUUCAACCUCAGAAAUAUGGGUUCAGUCCAAGUUUAUUAUAAACUCCUCUGUUGGGUGUGAUCAAGAUCAAUCAACUGUUAGAGAUGAUGCUGAUCAGCUCGAGGAUUUGCUAACAGUUAAAACAUUUAUCUUGGAAAACCAGAAUGGUGAAUAUGAAGGUACAAAUCCGGAGGCGCUGUGGAAUAGGAUGUCGGAGGGGGAUGAUUACUGGUUGAACAUUUUGAGUCAAGCCGGGACAUCGCCUUCGUUAUAGCAGGUCACUCCGCUUUGUUAUUAUUUUUCGGACCAACGAAGAUUCCCUCUCGACCUGUUUCGUUCACAAUGUGUAAAGUGAAUGUGAAAGUGUAGAUAUUGUCGUGAAUACUAGCAAUGGUUCAAUGGGCA